AUGGCGUUUUCUGUGAAAGGUAGAAGGGUGCUUUUAUUGGCGUUUUUUUCGACGUUCGCAGCUCUUGCAGUUUCAUUUAGCCUUUAUUAUCUGAUAAACUACAAAAGAGGGAGGAAAAAGGGAGGUUUUAUAGACGUAUACAAAAAUCGUGACGGGGAAAAGACCCCUAGUUCCGUUACAGUGGACUUGGAACUGGCGGAAAUUUUGAAAGAAAACGGGCAUGGCGAGUUUACAAAAGGGACGAUAUACAAGUUGCUAGAACUGUUAGAAAAAGUGGAAGAUUGCACGUUAGAGAAACUUCUUGGGGCACUUCUGAAUUGUUCUGCUUUUACAACAAACCAGGUAAAAUAUUGUGUUUCCUACUCGACCGUCCCUGGAGAAAUACUGCACUUUUAAUAAUAAGCUUAACUCGAAAUCUUUUUGGGUACCUUUCCCUGAUAUUUAAUGCACUGUAUCCCUCUUUUGCUGCUCUUUACUGUGCCUGGCUCUGUGGCCUAUUUACCUCCACCUCUCCCUCUUUCAUUGCUUUUUCUGGUUUUUUGUUGUACCAGUCCAUUGCAAAACCGCCCAUUCCCUCCCCUUGGGGGUAUGUGUGAAAAUGAACAACAUUAUUGAAACCUCCAUAGCCAUAAGACAGCUCUCCAAGAUCUUAGAUAUUUUGGUUGUAGGAAAAUUUUUGAAUAGUUGUUGGUGAGUAUAGGAUUUGAUGCUUUUUGAAGUGCUAGCCGUGCCUACGAUUUGACCAUCUAAACUGCCAACAUAACCGAGAAUUUGACCAGAAUUUUUCAAAAAAGUCAAAUGCCCAGGGGUUUGACAGGGAAAGGCAUGGACAGUUUUGGAAAUGACUGGUACAUUACCCCACUUAACCCCAGCCCAUUUUAUCUCUCUUUCUUUUCAUAGAUUACACCUCAUCCCUUUCUGUCCUUAUUUUCUGUUUGCUCUCCAAUAACCCUCUGGAGCAGACAUCCAUUUGCAACCAUGAAAACAAUCUUCUCAAACUUGUUAAUAAUUCAUAAAGAGAAAACAAAGAAAAUCACAACAAUGACGGUGGCUUAGAUGUAGGAUACUAAUUACCAUAACAAUUUUUGAACUUUGUCUUUGAAUUUCUCCAAUCUAAAAAUCAUUGUUCAUUUGAGAAGCUAUAUCCAAAACUCCACUCAUUGUUUCUUCUGAUAUCCACAGACCUCAAAGUCGGUCUUAAAAAACUCAGCUGCGCCUCGUUUUUCCACCCACUUCUCGGUGUCUGGACAUAGGAUGAAACACUAUGUCGAUUUUGAUAUAUUAAAGGAACAAUAGAUUCUACAAGAUAAAUGCAAGAGACCUGAUUAUAUAGUGUUGUUCAAUUUACAGAAUGCUAUUCGUGAGUGUGGAGGCUUACCACAACUGGUGUCUCUUUUGGUGCAUCCAAAUAAAGCCGUCAAUAUCAAGGCAGCACAAGUGCUGUCCAACUUAGCAAUGAAUGAAACAAAUCAGGAAAGUCUAAAGGUCAGCUUUGUAUAAAAAGUCCUUUGAUUAAACAGUUAACAGUAGCACUUUUCUCCAAUAAAUGCCGAACCCAACCAGAAGAAUGCAACAUUUAUUUUAUAGAUUUGAGGAUUAUAAGGAAAAAACUCAUCACAACUUGGUAAUCUACACCAUCAGGAUAAUUCAGCUGUGUGAUGGACUUGAAUUACUUCGCUAAGCUCUACUCACUCAGAUGAUAUGUACAUAGAACCAACUCCCGUCACAUCAGUAGUGAAGUGGAGAUGUGGAAUUUACUUAAGAUGGCUGAACACAGUUUUGUGGGCAGCCAGCGGCUCGUGUGACGGCUAGUGUUUUAAGUUAGACAAACAAAUAGGGCGGCGAAAAAUGCAACUUGGUAUAUGGAAGAUGAUUUCUUAAAAUCUGCUCAUUAAAAUUUUGUGAUAUGUGGCAGAAUUUUUACUUUUAUCGUAUUUUAAAUAAUGAGAACUUUAAAAUGGAAGUUGAGCAGAUGAAUUUUGUGACACAGUUAAUGAUUAUUAUUGAUUAUCUAAAAACCAGUCUGUUAAAAUUUGGUCAAAUAAGUUUCAAAUAAUAAUGAUUAAAUUAUUAUAGUAAGGUGUGUGCAAAUUCAUAGGAAAAUCUAAUCAGCGAAUUUUAUUUAAACUGAGCAAAAGUGAAAUUUUAAGGUUGUAUUCAAUCGUUUAUGUUGCCAUGGAAACAACAAAAACGUCAAAUUUUACCUGUCAAAUAAAAUCUUUCAUAAGUAUAUUUUUCACUUUCCAAUUAAGUUUCAGCUUGUGAGCUGUUACCUUUCUUUUGCCAUGAUUGGGCAAAUGACACUCACUCACAAACUGCCAGAACUGUGUUCAGCCACCUUAACUAGCGCUCUCAAAAGAAUUGCGACUGGACCCGACCAAAUUCCUUACUGGGUUUGGAAGGAGCAUGCAGAGUUUUCACGCUUCCUAUCACCAAAAUCAGGAAUCUCUCAAUCUCUACUCAGUGUUUGCCAUCAUCGUGGAAGCGAGCAAUAAUUAUCACCCCCCCCCAAAGUGGAUGUUCCUAAAGUACAUGGUGAUUAUUGGCAUUAAUAUAACUUCUGUUCAGCCUGACUCCUGUUAUAGGCUUUCGAGAAAAUUGUGUACCACUGCCAUGCCUGUGAGACCAUUGAAAGCCACCUCAGCACCUGACAGUUUGCCUACAGAAAAGGUGGAAACUGUACUGAUUCUCUCUUGCCAAUUCAAUGUAGGAUCAACAGCUACUUUUAUUGGAUAACCCAGAUUGUAAAGCAGUUCGCCUUUUUUGCUAUGGACUUUAGCAAAGCUUUUGACUCUGUGAAACAUGAACUUCUGGCUAAUAAAUUUAAAAAGCUCCCACGAAAUCCGUGCAUGUAUAUUACCAAAAAAUUGGUACUUGAACAUAGAAAACAAAGGGUACAAAUGCAACAAACCAGUUAACAAAGGGACAACUCAAGGUAGCAUUAGCAGUCCUUUCCUUUUCAACAUCUUUCUCAAUGAUCUUAACAUCACUUUAGGUAAUCAUGACGCACUUAUUUAAGUACGUGGAUGAUUUGACAAUUAUUGCUCCUGUAUAGAAGGAGGUAGACUACUGCGAUCAGUUAGUGUCACAGUUUUUAGAUUGGAUGAAUACAAAUGGAAUAUCUUGCAAUGCAAGCAAAUGUAAAGAGUUGACAAUCAAAAAGAGAGGCAACCACAAUCUCUAUUCACAUAUUGGGAUGAUACCAAGCUGUAAAGAAGUAGAGAUUUUGGGGGUCACCUUCCAAUGCGACAGCAAAUUUUUAGUGCAGGUGAAGGACAAACUUAUUAAAGCUAACAAAUCCCUAUACAUAUCCUUAGAAUGCUGUGCAAAGAGGGGUACAAUCAGUCAGAAAUAGACCUUCUCUUUAAUGCAAUUGUUCCACCUAAUAUUAAUUACGCAUUAUCUGCAGUCUAUGCCACAUUCGAGUCCGACCUUACACCCAUACAAUAUUUCUUAGUCUGCUGUUUUAAAAGGAAAUAUACAUCUAAGCCUGUAAGUGUUUAUGAUUUCUUACAGAGGCAAGCUAGACCGUAAAAUUUUCGUAAAAGUUUCUAAUGCUAUUAAGGGACAUCCACUUUUAUCUAUUAUGCCUUGUGUUAAACCAUCCAGUCACAAUCUUAGGAGAGAAACUUGUUUUAAACCUCAGAUUAACACUAUGCAUUUUAAAAACUCUUUUAUUGACCAUUUAGUUUUUAAAUAUGAAUUAGCUAUGUAAUAUACUAGAUUUUUAAAUCUUACUUUUUACCUUUUGAAAAUUUCUUACACUUGUAACAAAAGAUAUAUAUAUUUAAAAAUAUCUUUUGAUGAAUAAAGACUUUACUAUUAUUAUUAACAACAAUUAUUUAUUUACAAAUUAAUGAUUCAUCAUGAUUGUUAUCAGUGAUAUAAGAAAUGUGCUUUUGAAAUAAAUCCCACCAUCAAAAUAUAGACCCUGCCUUUGAACAGAUGUUGCAUAGGAAUUGCUUAAAGAUUUAAUAAAGGCCACAUCAUUCAAUUGGUUACAUGUAAAUAUGGCAGGCUCCUCUUUGUUAACAAAAAACCCAAGACUACAAACUUACAAUGAAUGUAAGGCUAUUGUUUAUUAUUUGAGUCCCAGCAGAUAUUCCAUACCUUUCGUGUAUAAACCUCUCACAAUUGCUUUGUCUACUCCAUAACAGUAAUGACAACUUGAUUUUAUCCAAACGUCUACAAGGAAAAUAGCCACACGUUGUGCUCAGUCUUUGUGCCCCUUGGUCAAAUUAACAUGCAUUAUUGUACAUGUAUUGACUUUUCUUUCAGGGCAAUAUUUGUGAUGUUAUAAAAAAUAUUGAAUACCAUGACAUUGUUGAAGAUGAAGAGGUGAUUUUAGAGCAUUUUAGGCUCCUGGUUAAUUUAUCUGCAACAAAUGUGGCACAUGAUGAAAUAAUCACAGGAACCCAGGAAUAUUUCAGAAUUCUCACCCAGGCUGUUUCACGACAGAUUCAGGUACUGUACAUGAAAGUAAAUUUUGUGGUUAUUUCAGUAUUUUUUUCCUUUAUAAUGUAUUAAAAGUCUUUCUUUUUUUGUUUUGCAAUUGUUCCAUAACCUACAUGUACUAUUAUUUAAUACUACUGACAAAUACCGUAUUUAUUGGAUUAACCGCCCUGGGCGCUUAUUAAAUUUUUGGACCUUGAGAGUGGGUGCUUAUUCGAUGUGGGCACUUAUUCGAGGCUGGGCGCUUAUUAAAUUUUCACCAUUAAAUUCAACAAGUGAAGUAUGUUUAUUUUGCAGUAAAACAGUAAAUGCUAUUAUACUAAAUAACAAAACGCAAGGAAGUAACAAAGCAAGGUUUCCGUAAAAUACUCUGAAGGAAACUCCGUCCUCAGGGAAGUCUGUAUUAGAAGUUAUUUACUCAAGUGGGUGGAGUGCAUGGGGCCGGGGCGAGUGCUUAUUUGAGUUUGAUUGGGAGGAGGAGGGGGUGGGCGCUUAUUCGAGGCUGGGCACUUAUUAACUUUUUCUGCCUUUAGGAUGGGCGCUUAUUUGAGGUGGGUGUAAUAAUUCGAGGUUGGGCGCUUAUUCGAAUAGAUAUGGUAAUAAUUCUACUGAGAGACUAGUAAAAGUUAAAUGAAAAAGAUCUUCCCUUCCUGCUGUUCCAAGGCUGGUGCAUUAUCUCACCAAGAGGAAAAUUGUGCAGUUACCUUAUUUUGGUUAUAAUUUUUCAGCUGGGAUGCACUAGCUUACUUUUGUUUAACUGCUCCAAUAAAACUUUUUUUCCAUUUUUUUAAGGGUUUGAGUUACAGUCAUCUGGCUGUCUCUAUUGUAAAAGACAUGUUAUGACUAGUGUUAGCAGCAUAAAAGAUGGAAAAGUAGUCCCGUCUGUACCUUGAGUGAUCAUUUUCUCCAUAAUUAUUAUUGUUGACUUUGUUGACUGUAAAAAACACCAAACAUGUUUACUUUUUUGUGAAUAUUUAGCAAAUUUUGAACUUUUACUACUGAUAAGAAUAAUAAUUUUCAGCUAGCAGUUCUAAGACUUUUGGUGAACUUGUCAUGCAACCCUAACAAUUUGGGAAUACUACUGGAGUUUAAGGUUAGUAGUGAGCUUUCACACUCCUCCACCUGUCGGAUAGUUAAUUUAUUCUCUCCAUCAACAAUAAAUAUAUUGUAUCACAUCUUUAGUAACAUGUAUUACAUUGGCCGUAAAUACAGUGAAAACCCACAAGUAUAAGAACCUGCACUUUCCCAAGUUAAACAGGUUUUUAGAGAGGAGAAACUUGUGUGAUGUUAUAUACCACGGUAGGAAAAUUUCUGGAUCACAACAAUAGGGAGCUUAAGCAAUCACGACAGUGACGGCAAAGAGAAUGGCAAAAAAGGCAACUAAGGCUUAAAUUGGCAAAAUAACAACUUUGCGCAUGCAUCACACUUUUUUGUACAUUUCUUAGCUGUCAUUGCACGACUGCAACAUGAAACUUCCUUAUUUAUAUAGUAGGUGAACACAACACACAAAUUCCCUUCCUGUGGUCCUUUGGGGUUCAACCCCAGAAAAUGUCGCCUACAUUUGACAAAUUAAAUAAAAUUUUAUAAGAUUGCUGAAGUUUGAAAUGGUGUGAAUUCACUGUUAUACACUGAAUGAACCAUUUCACUUUAUUUAUAUUUUUUUGAAGUGGAAGACACAAUUUAACAUAAUUUUAACCAUACCAACAGUGAUUUAAUCAUGUUUUAAGCAAAAGUUUACCUGGUUUUUCAUUGGUGUUUAUAUAGUAAAAGUUUGUUCUCAAAAAUAACAUAGUGAUUGUGUUACAAACCUUCCAUGAAUACUUAAAGUAAAAAAUUCAGUAUAAGGAUUUUGAGCAUAUGGGGAUAAACAUAUAAGUAGCAUGCUGGAGGAACAAAAUUAUAUAAUACAUGUUUCUGGUAUUGAUGAUGUACAGUGCUACACUUAACAAUAAAAAUGAAGAUUUGUUUGGCAUUUUGUUAUUUUGUUUGUCUUCCACAGCCUUUGUUAAUUCUCCAGACCUUCAUGCUACCAGACAACCCUGAUGAUAUUAUUCUUCGAGCCAUAACAAUCUCAGCCAACUUACUAUCAAGUCUUGGUAACUAUUCACAGGUACAAACUAGUGAUAAAUAACAUUAAGGAAGGAAGGAAAUAAAACAUGGUUUCGUAAAUGUUUGUUGUUUCUGAUAACCAGAACAGUCCAACAAGAGAGACCAAACCAUACUGACUGAAUGACCCUUGACCAAAACUAGGUAUGUUUUUAUAGUGUUUGUUAUUAAAAACAAACCUUUACAAUUUGCACAUUCAAGGCUUGAAAUAAAUAAAACUAACUUCUUAUUCGUCAACCCUCUUUUGAAGGAAUGGUGAACUAAUUGAUGACAAUAACUGAAAUUGUCUGCAUGUACAAUGUAUAUUGGCCAUGGUACAAUUAUUAUGUUACAAAAGCUCUGUAAUUUUAAUAAUUACAUUCCACAGUGGGAUGGUAUUGCCCUGCGAACAGAGGCCCUUCGAUCUUCCUAGUUAAGUCGUGAAGACCGAAGGGCCUCUGCUCACAGGGUAGGAUGGUAUAUGACUGGCAGACUUGUUACUGCACUUUUCGACAACGAUUACAUGCAACCAGCUGUUAAGUCAAAAAUUUAACCAGCGAUUACAACAAAUUUUCUUCUGUCAAUGAUAAUAAUUAUUCCCUGCUAGCAUAGGCCUCUUUUCCCUGGUAUUCGGCAGAUAGGAGGAAAAGACAGUCUCUUUUCCUUACACCAGUUGAAUACCAAGGAAAAGAGGCCAUGGCUAGCAGGGAAUCGUAAUUAGGGCAAAACAAAACCAACAACUUCGAUCAAAUCUGCCAAAUAUGAAUAAACCCCGGCAAAUGUGACCUAACUUGAACCAGCUGAAGAGCAUUAAUUUUAUGUAUCAAGAGAGGUCUCAGCUGAUUGAUGGAAGUGGAAAACCUAAAAUAUUGUGGUUUCAUGAGAGAGAAACUUGAUAAGAGUUUGCAUGUUUAAAAAAAAUAGCGGCAACUGGAUCAUCUUGCAUUCUUAUUAUUACUUCUUUUUUCUUUGCAGCUACAACAAACAGUGUUGGCAGAGCAUAUUAAUGUAUUAUAUGGUGAACUAAUGGGCUUAUUGGAUCAUACCAAUCAGGAUAUUCAGUGUCAGGCCAAAAGGGCACUGAGGAGUAUAUUUGCCUUCAGAAUAAUGUACACAAAGUAA